AUCCCCCAAAUCAAAUCAAUCUUCAAUUCCAAAUAGUGCAUCAAAAAUUUAACUCUCUGUUAAUUAGGGUUUCGAUCAGAGCCCCAUUCCUCAUCGAUCAUUCAAUUUCAGCUUCAUUGCCAUAAAGUAUAAUACACUUUAGAAAAAUGACGGGAUUCAUGAACCUUGCACCUAAGACCAAGAAUCUGGUAGUUGCUGGCGGCUUGACAUCGUUUGUCUUUGGGGUGUAUUUCUACACCAUGAGAGCUGUCGGAGGUACAGAUGAGCUUCAGGUCGCUAUAGAUAAGUUCGAAGGGCAGAAAAGCAAGCAAGAGACUUGAGGGAGGCAUGCAUUCUAAAGAUUGGAUCUAAUGAUGUUUGGUUUACUGUACUUAUGUAGUCAAAACAAGGAUAACCUUCCGAAGACACUGUGUUAGCGUUUGCAUUUUGCAGGUUAUCUGUUUGGAGGGUUGAAAAUGGAUGUUCUCACACUAUCCCGGCAUUUAUCUGUGAAGGCGUACUGGAUUCUGUUUCAAAGGGCGGCUUAGAUAAUAUUUAGAAUAAAAAAUAUUCAAGAAGUCCUUUCUUUGUUGAUAAAAGUCGUAUGUUAUUUUGAUCAAAAUCUAUCGUAUCUAAUAAUAUCUAAUUCUCAUAUUUUGGUUUC